GCUGGAGCUGUGGAGCGCGAUGGAGGCUUUACCAGAGCCAACUUUCCCAGGCCCUGAAUGGCUUAUCAGACAGAGCCAAGGAAGCAAAAGAGUUCCUGGUUCAGCUCCGCAACAUGGUGCAGCAAAUCCAGGAGAACAGUGUGGAGUUUGAGGCCUGCCUGGUGGCCCAGUGCGAUGCCCUCAUCGAUGCCCUCAACAGAAGGAAAGCCCAGCUGCUGUCUCGGGUCAACAAGGAGCAUGAGCACAAGCUGAAGGUGGUGCGAGACCAGAUCUCUCACUGCACAGUCAAGCUGCGCCAGACCACAGGCCUGAUGGAAUAUUGCCUGGAGGUCAUCAAGGAGAACGACCCCAGUGGUUUCCUGCAGAUCUCCGAUGCUCUGAUCAGGAGAGUGCACCUAACUGAGGAUCAGUGGGGCAAGGGCACACUCACCCCCCGGAUGACCACAGACUUCGACCUGAACCUGGACAAUGCUCCUCUGUUGCAGUCCAUCCAUCAGCUCGACUUUGUCCAGAUGAAAGUUUCCUCCCCAGUGCCGGCCCCCCCGAUCCUGCAGCUGGAGGAGUGCUGCACCCACAACAACAGUGCCACCUUGUCCUGGAAGCAGCCCCCCCUGUCCACAGUGCAGGUGGAAGGAUACAUCCUGGAGCUCGAUGACGGCAAUGGCGGCCCGUUCAGGGAGGUGUAUGUGGGCAAGGAGACCAUGUGCACAGUGGAUGGACUUCACUUCAACAGCACCUACAGCGCCCGUGUCAAAGCCUUCAACAAGUCAGGAGUCAGCCCCUACAGCAAGACCCUGGUCCUCCAGACAUCUGAGGGUAAGGAAGUGCAGCAGCUCCAGCACUCAGACACUGCUCCCACCCAUGUCAUCCAGCUGACUGGCAGCUGGGGCAGAAGGGAGCACACACAGCUCGUGGGACUGCUGGAGGAGUGGAAGGAGGACACGCAGUCAGAAGAACAGACCCUCCCUUUUCCAGUGCCUUUGGAAAGAUCACAGCUGCGUAGAAUGAGUCCUUUCUCCUCCACCCUUAACCUCCAGCCCAGCUUCUCGGGGAGAUCCUACUUUGAGCUAAGAUCUUCGGCCCACCAGCUGAGCUUGCAUUCUUCUUUACAGUCCCUCAAUUCAGCCGGAUGCAAUUUUGAGACACAAGGAACACCUUACUCUCAAUUAGUUGACAUUAAAAAAAUGGUGGCAGUUGCUUGGUUCUCUUUCGAUCCUUCCUCUGCCCAUGCUGACAUCAUCUUUUCCAAUGACAACCUGACUGUCACCUGCAACAGCUAUGAUGACAGGGUUGUGCUGGGGAAAACUGGCUUUUCCAAAGGGCUCCAUUACUGGGAGCUGUCGAUUGAUCGGUAUGACAACCACCCCGACCCAGCCUUCGGUGUGGCACGCAUCGAUGUCCUGAAGGAUGCCAUGCUGGGCAAGGAUGACAAGGCCUGGGCCAUGUAUGUGGACAAUAACAGGAGCUGGUUCAUGCACAACAACUCACACACCAACAGAACCGAGGGUGGGAUAACGAAAGGCGCCACGGUGGGAGUGCUGCUGGAUUUGACCAGGAGGACUUUGACAUUCUCCAUCAAUGAGGACCAGCAAGGGCCUGUUGCCUUUGAGAACCUAGAGGGCCUCUUCUUCCCUGCUGUUAGCCUCAACAGGAACGUGCAGGUGACGCUGCACACCGGGCUGCCAGUCCCCGAGUUCUACGCCUCGCGCUCGGCCAUGCCGUGA